ACCUUAGGUGGCUACAUCAGCGGCAAAAUGACUCUUUGGUGCAACUCCUGCAAAUGUCACAGAAGUGCUCCGUGCACCUCUCAUCUGCCCGAGGAUCACCGCAGCUCCUUCUACAGGAGGUUCAGAUCCACCAAAGGAGCAUCCAAAGCCCGGCGGGACCACAUCAAUCAUGAGAUCAGGAAUAUGCGCACUCUGUUGCCCAUCACCCAGGAGGACCAGGAGCGUCUCUCCUACCUGCACUCCAUGGCCGCCAUCUGCACCUACAUCAGGAAGUCUGUUCUCUUCCAGGGACUCCAAACUGGGGAGAGAUCACACAGCUCUCUGCCUUACGAGGCCUUUCUUCAAGGCCUGCACGGCUUUAUCCUGGUCACUACCGCACAGGGGAGGCUGGUGUAUGUGUCCGAAAAUGUAGAUGAAUAUCUUGGUCUUUCCAUGGUAGAUGUGCUCCAAGGGGACACUCUCUAUGACAUGGUGGAACGCAGUGACAUUGAUAUUGUUAAAUCAAACCUGGACACUGAAAACAAUUCAUCAUCAGAGAGGAGCUUUAUAUGUUGCAUGCAAACCUCCAAGGCCUUCAAGCUGCAACACGGCAGCUGCUGUUCCAUGAUGGUCAGAGGGAGCUUCCAGUCUUUCCCUCAGCCGUGUCCGUUCUCCUCUUCGGUCUCUCCCACCAACCAGCCUCUGUUUGUAGCCCUCUGUACCCCCACAGUCAACCGCCUGCGGAGCUCGGACUCCCACUUCUGUCAAAGCUUCGACAGCGUCCACAGACUGGAUAUGACCUUUACUCAGCUGUCUGACAGUGUUAUAUAUUUUUUGGGCUAUUCGGCAGAAGAAAUGACUGGCCGAUCGUGGUACAGUCUUGUCCACCCUGAAGAUCUUUCCUCGAGUGCAGAUUCUCAUAGAAGUUUAAUGCAGGCAGAUGAAGGCUUCCAGGUAGAGAUGGUGCUCAGACUCCAGUGCAAGGAUCUGUCAUGGGCCUGGGUCUACAUUCAAGCCAAUAAGGACUGCCAGGGCAUGAGCUGCACAAACUUCAUCAUCAGUGAAACGGAGGCCAGUUUUCUUCAGAACAAAAUCAGCCGUGAUGCCUUCAGACCAUCAUCUCUGGCAAAUUCCUGCAAUUUUGCAGCUCAACAGGCGCCCCACACUCAGAGCUACAACAGCAAUAAAUGCUUUAAAAGGCAGAGGACGUCUAACAGCCAAAGUGACGAGCCGCCAGGUGCCAGAGCUAGGAGGGAGUCCGAGCAAGAAAUAUACUAUGUGGCGUGCAUCUCAUCCCAAGGUGAUAGCUCACCUGUUCCCCUGGGUGACAGCCCUGUUCUAUUCACCCCUCCCUACAGCCCAGCCUCCUCCAGCUCCCCUUUGCAACAGGAGGAGCUCAGCCAUGACCUCCUGAUGGAUGUGCAUGGAUAUACGGAUCAGCUGCUUUCCUCCCCUGAGGGAUCUCCCUCCUAUUACUCCUACCCAGAGGCGGAGCUCACCUGUCACCAAUCACCUUCCAGCUCUCUCCCUCUGGCCGCUGAACAAACCUUUGACCAGGCAGCCUUCGGUGCACUCAUUGCUCGCUCUCCACUCUCUUCCUCAUCUCCGACCUAUGAUUUCCAAGCCUGUACAUCCGAUGCUCGAUUAGUUCCAGACUGCCUGUCUGUGUCCGACAUGUGUGAGAGCCCAGUGGACUGUGCUCUGCAUCAAGACGACUUCAGCCUUCUCGAGCAGCCACAAGGGGGCAGCCUUGUCCAAGCACAUCAUGUUCCCCAAUUGUUGCCCAUACUCUCCACUCUUCUUACCCCCAACCAAUCUCCCACAUCCACAGAGUCUACCAAUUACAAUGUGAUGGAACAGGCAGAGAUCAGUAUUCUGGCUCAGCAGAUCUCCUCCCUGGCCAGCAACUUUUUCAUGUAUCACACCCUGAACCCGCUUCAAAAUGUGGCCCAACCUGCAGCCACUAACACCCUGCCCUCAGCCUGUGACUGGCCCACCAGUCACCCUCCUCUGUCCUCUGUCCUUCCUUCUAAGUGCAACCCAGUCCUUGACGACGUCGUGUUCGACAGCAUCCUGAAAGACCUGGACAUGGUCACAAGGAAAAGCUGCAUGUCCGACUCCGGUGUUGUACCAUACAGCUACCAGCAGGGCUUGUUGCACAGCAGGAGCGGGUCCCAUCAGUUGGAGCAGGAGCCCCUCAGUAUCUCGCCGACCAUCCCGGAGGACCCGCUGCCCGCAGAGCAGUUCACUGUCAUGGAUCCCUUCAGUUUGCAGUUGGGACGCCAUGACCAAAACACUGGGUUGCAUCAACUCAACCACUAUAUGCAGAGUGGCCUUCAGCAAGAUGGACUUGCUGAGGAAAACCUGUACUGAAAUAAGUCUGUGACUUACUGCACUACCACUUGUAUGACAUAUUGUCAGGGCAAUCUUCCUUCACUGGAUUCAAAGAAGAAUGUGAGCAAAGACAUUUAAAGGACAUCUUUGCGAAGACACUGUUUUCCCCACAUGACUUAACUCUGAAUGUAGAGAAGAAUAUAAAGUAGAUGAAGACCACAGCUUUGUCUUCAUUUCUCAACACUGCUGUCAACUGUGUUUCAUGUUUUGCUGAUGUCUUCUAUUUUAUGUAAAAGGUACUUUUUAAAAAUGUGUCAGACAACACUUACACAAUGAAGUGGAGGUAUAUUUUUCUUCUAAUGCUGAGUGACCACAGUUUACUAUUGAGCACUUUAUCAAUGUCGUUGCCACAAGAAUUUUAUAAAUGAGAAGGCAUGCUGAUUUAAAGGAAUAUUACCUAGAUUUUAGAGAUAUCUUGAUGAGCUUUAACACAUCAAUCAUUCCUUAUAACAAAGCCAUUUGUAAACAUAUGGUUUUAGGUGCCUUGAACUAACAUGUAUGGAAGAUCGGUUUGCUGAAAAAGAAUAUUUUUAUUUCUUAUUUGUUCAUAGUGCCUCAUUUGUUUCUCAGUGUGCCAUUAAUGCUUUCAUGCUGUUAUGAAGAAAACAGCAUCAGUCAGCGAGAAAUUGAUGAUUUUUUCUUAAACACCUACCUCAGUGGUACAUCGAAAUACAUUCAAUGUCUAAAUUUCAUUGAUUAAUUAUAUUUAUUUUGAACAUACUCUCACUUAAUCAUGUUAAAUGUUUUACUUUA